UUGAAAAUGUAGUGGAAUGGAUCGUUCAUUCAAUGGUUCGAGUGUUGUUUGUAUGUUUGGGAAACAUUUGCAGGUCUCCUUCAGCUGAAAACAUAUUCAGACAUUUGGUUAAAACAAAGGGCUUAGACUCUGUUGUUGAGUGUGACUCUUGUGGUACUGGAGCUUGGCACACUGGAGAGCCACCACAUCCGAAAGCUCUGGCCAUGGCUCAAAAAAGGAACAUUCCAAUGACCGGAAAAGCCCGAGCACUGAGAGACCAAGACAUAGAAGUAUUCGACUACAUUAUUCCCAUGGACCGAAGCAAUCUACGUGAUGUCAAAGACUUGGUUUCUCGUCACAAUAGAAAACCUAGAGUGGAGCUAUUGCUGAAGUUUGCAAAGAAUAAAAAACUUGCAGAGGAAUGCAACUGGGAAGUUCCAGAUCCUUUUUAUGGAUUUCUUUCAGGUGGCGUAUAUGGAGGGGAUGAAGAAUUCGAGUUUGUAUUUGAUCUUCUGGAAGACGCUUGUGAAGGACUUUUGGAAGCCAUAAUAUCCAAUAGAUCCACUUCGCCAACGUCUUCCGAAGCUAACUAACAGCGUCAAGAUAAAGCAACCCAAUUUUUG